CUCCAACUUCACCAAAGAUACAUCAUAUUCUUCAAAUCCACUGAGAGCUUCAAACUCUGCUCGUGCGACUCCUGAACUUGACAUAACAAGCCUUGGGCAUCACACCUACACCUCACACCGCUGUCGCCGCAAGAUGGCCGAGGUCAAAGGCACAGCGAAACGCAACGAUGAGGACAUCCCACCUUCGAGAAAAUCUCCGACUAUCGAAGACCGGAACAUCAACGAGGCAGCUAUCUGUGUGCUUCGACUUGACACAGAAAGGAUUUCUACUCAAGGAAUCGGAGUCUCACUAUACAAAGCUCGGUGGAGGUCGCGAUCCACCGCUCCUGAAUGUGAAGCACCUCCAGGAUUACUGCAACAAAUCUACCGUGAUCUACUCCAACGGCCGCUCACACGAUAUCGAGCCCCUUUACGACUGCAUCUUCGAGCGAUGGUCACAGGGAGACGUCCACAGACUAGACAUCGAGUUUGGGCGCUUUUUCGCAAAGCUGCGGCCCAUAGCGAAGGUUUCGUCAAGGAGAACAACUGGGACUACUGCCGCGACAACCGCUUUAUCGGCGGCCAACAAGCCGAGUUCUUCAAGAUCAAGCCUCUCUUGCGUGCUCUCGUCAUCACCAUCAUUGAAAUAGGAAUCCCAAGUGAAUCUUACAAUGUUGAAGAACAAAAGGUUCGCCUGGUAAGAACUGGGGUCACAACUGGAUUAAGCCAGCCUAUCACCUUUGACGGUUUAACGCAUCUGAGUACGAUUAGCGAGAAUGAGGUUAUCACGACAUCGCCGGAAGCUAUUCAAUUUGCCAAGGAUUUGGAUCGACGAGAGGAGGUUCUAGCUCCAAAAAGACACGUGAGGGUGAUAGAAUAUAUGCUGGGUCACCCGAAAGUGCUGUUCGAACGUUGGCACAUGAGGAAAUAUUCUGUCUUUGCGAAAUGGGCGGGAUCAGAUGAAGAUCUCCCGGUUGGACCCUCGACGGAUUGGUGGAAGGACGGUUUAGUGAGUGAGGGAUCGACACCCAAACUGCUACUACCAUAACAUCACGAGAGUCACCGACCAAGAGGGUCGAAAUAUUGUGACAUUGUCGGCGCAGUGAACAGCAAGGACAAGACAAGACCCCCAAAGUAAAAGCCCUAGGCAACCAAGAGACGCGGGAGAUGGUGGUGCAUGAUGAGUGGCACGUUG